AUGAAGGAGGCACAAGUAGCAAAGGACCUCAAGGUCACUGUCAAGGACGUCGCUGUCCCUGAGCCACAGGCGAACCAAGUCGUCAUCAAAGUUGUUGUUUCCGGAAGCAAUCCCAAGGACUGGAAAAUCCCCGCCUAUGACAUGAAACCCGACUUCAACAGUGGCGACGACAUUGCUGGCUACGUCCACAGUGUUGGACCCAAUGUCUACGAGUUCAAGGCCGGCGACCGGGUCGCUUCCUUCCACGAGAUGAUGACGCCUGGUGGUUCAUUUGCCGAAUACGCCGUAGGAUGGGCGCACACUACCUUCCACAUCCCUUCCUCCGUCUCCUUUGAACAAGCCGCCACCCUCCCCCUUGCCGCCAUGACAGCGGCAAUCGGCCUGCAUCAACGCAUGGGUCUGCCUGAUCCCUGGACACCCGCCAAGGAGCCCACUCCUCUCGUCGUGUAUGGUGGCGCUGGCUCCGUAGGCGCAUUCGCAAUCAAGCUUGCUCAAAAGGCGAACAUCCAUCCCAUCAUCGCCGUCGCGGGUAAAGGCGAGAAGUUUGUAGAGGGCUUGAUUGACCGCUCAAAGGGCGACACGAUAGUGGAUUACCGCAAGGGAGACGAAGCCGUCGUCAAGGGCAUCAAGGACGCCCUUAAAGGCCAGAAAUUGCCCUACGCGUACGACGCCGUCUCGGAACACAACUCCUACACAAACAUUGUCCAGGUCCUCGAACCAGAGGGCCAACUCACUUUGGUCCUGCCGGGCAAGAAGUACGAGGGUAUUCCGGAUAGUGUGAAGCAGUCUCAGACUAUGGUGGGCACAGCGCACGGCGAGGACAGCGAUUAUGCGUUUAUCAUGUUUAGGUACAUGGCGAGAGGAUUGGCUGAGGGUUGGUUUACACCACAUCCGCAUGAGGUUGUACCUGGUGGGUUGGAAGGUGUGCAGAAGGGGUUGGAGAAUUUGAGAGAUGGAAAGGCAAGUGGAGUCAAGUACGUAUUCAAGAUUGGACAGGAGUAA